AUGGCCGCUUUGUCCGUUCCACGCAUUCCUCCCCCAAAAAGCGAACUUCCGUACCCUCCAAUACACAGAAAUGCCAAAUUUGUGAUUCUCUCGGAUUGGGAUGGGACGAUCACGUCGUUUGAUUCGAAUGUCCUGAUCACCAACCAUCGGCACCCUUUCUCACUCAGCAAUCCUUUAGAUUUAACAGACAAUUAUGGCUUUGGGAACCAGCGACGGCGCGAAUUGAACUUGGAGAUUCUUGACGGGAAAAUCACCUUUAGAGAUGCCUUUCGUGAUAUGCUAGCAAGCAUUCCACUCCCAUUUGAGGAAUGCAAAGAGAUUCUCAAACGAGACAUCAAGCUAGAUCCAGGCUUUGCUCAGUUUUACGCAUGGUGCAAGUCUGCUGACAUACCCUUUGUCAUUGUUUCGAGUGGAAUGGAACCGCUCAUUCGAGCGGUCCUUGUCAAUCUCAUCGGCGAAGAAGAUGCAGCGAGCAUCGACAUCAUUUCCAACGAUGUCAUGACGGAUGAAACAGGUCGCUGGCGUAUCAAGUAUCGUCAUCCGGACAGGCGAGUCCUCGGAUUCGGACAUGACAAGUCUCAAGCGAUUCUCCCAUAUCGUCAACUGGAUUCACCGCCAGUACUGUUCUUCUUUGGCGACGGCGUCUCAGGCGAGUCAAUCUCUCCUCUCACCGUCACCCGUUUCUUCUAUCCGCUUGGUGGAUGGACACCGCCAAAUAUGGAGCUCCACAUCCACAUACCAUCCUCAUGGAGCAGCAGAGCUCCGUCUCCCCACUUGACAUCAGCCCUCCUUGUUUCCUCAUCUAUGUCACCUGACUGA